GAAGUAUUUGUUAUUUUAUACAUCUGAUAUUGUCAAUUGUACCACAAACUCAUUCAGAAGCGACAUCUGUCACCAAUUUAUUCCCUCAUCAACCAUGUCUAGCCUUAUCAGCCACCAAGACAGCAACAGCCUUUUCAAGAACAGAAGAACAUCUUCAACAGUAUCAAAUGAAAGUACUCUGAGCACCCACGAGAUUGAGUACAUGUCGCUUCGAGAUGAAAAUCUCUGCUACGAAGAUGACGCUGAUUUCCAUAUUUUCAUCGACGCCAUGGAUCGCGUUGACGAGCUCGUCACACAAAUUGCUUCUUCUCCUCAGGGGGGGCGAAGACAUUCAAUGAGCCGCGUAAUAUUCAGUGGACUCAAACUACGCCGAGGAAGUCAGGAUCGACACAACAGCGCUAACUAGAGUCUUAUCAAGAUCUGGUGCCCUUUGCUUUUGCUUUACUUUGCGUUGCUUUGCUCUUUUGGCUUAGCCGCCCCAGCCGACAUGGCUAUUCGAUACGAACUUCAUCACAUUCGCGCUUUAUUACACUAUACGACUUUACAGCAAAGAGAGAGAAAGAAAGAAAGGGGUUAUUCUCAUGUACGAAUAUUAAAGGAGGAUUUGCAACGGGAAAUGACUUCCUUUCAGACGCGAGUAAUGCGGUCUGUGUGUUUCUAUGUACAUAGUAUCUUAUCAAUAUUGGUGGCCAUUUAGUACACCACGGAGAGGCCCCGUUCGUUAGCCCGGACCGGUCGGUGUAAGCCUCAACCUUAAACCAAAUACACAUUCCUUAC